AUGGGAGGACUUGACGGUGCUAUAUCUGGUGAAGCAAACUACAGUCACAUCAUUGGGGGUCUGGAUCCUCACCUGCUGUGCGAUUUCGAUUCCGAUUAUAUGCUUCACCCUCGAGGAGCGUCAGCAGGUCUUUCAGGUUGGAGUACAGCGGAGCAGCAUGCGUUUUUUCGUGGUCUUGGGUCUACGAGCACAGCCUCGGGCUGGUGUCCACUAGUCGAGAAACACCUUGCGAUG